AACAUCAAACUAUUGGGUUAAAAUCUUAUGUGGACUAGUUCCGGGCAUGGGAUGGAGUUAACAUGUCAAAAUCCUAAAGAAACUGGUUUCAUGGUCAUCACUUUCCAGUUUCCCCCAAAAUAUUCUCCAGAACACAAAAGUUCUUGCUGCAGCCUAACAUUUAGAGUCACCUUCUCCGGUACAGGCGCUGUGAGAGACUCCUGCUUCAUUCUUCCGAUUGACGAAAUGAGAAUGCUUGCUCUAGUUGCCGUGGCGGCAGUGUUAUUUCUCGCGGGCGGCAUAACAGUGGCAAGCUCCCCAAGCAUCGCAUUGCCUGGCUGCAAGAGCAAAUGCAGUGACUUGGACAUUCCGUACCCCUUCGGCACAACCCCUGGCUGCUACCGUCCUGGUUUCAUGGUCACCUGCAAUGAGACGUACCAUCCACCAAAGCUGUUCCUGGAUAAUGGAGCCAGUCCUGGUCCUGGCCCUGAAGUUGUCGAGAUAUCUCUGGCAAACAGCACGGUGCGUGUUGAGAGCUGGGUUUCGCACUUCAUCAUCGGCAACACGAGCCACGUGCAGCUGGCCAUAAGCCGCAGCUCCCCCUUCGUGCUCUCAGCCAAGGCGAACAGUCUCGUCAUCGUGGGGUGUGGCUUCCGUGUUGUCCUGGACAUCGUCGACGGGUGGACGUAUGGCUCCUGCGCAUCCUUCUGUCCAAUCGAUAACAGCACCGGCGAACCGUUCUUGCCUGACGUCGUGUGCAACGGCAUCGGCUGUUGCCAGCCAUCUAUUCCGGUUGGCCUUCUGUCCUUCCUCAUCAAUCUCUCCCCUCUUGACGGUGCCAGCAGAUGCCCGAUUACCCCGUCCCUGGCGCCAGAGCCAGCGUUCAACGCGAGCGUGCACAUGGUGGAGCAAGAGUGGUGGACCGACGGAUCGAACGUCUACGGCCUGCAGCAGUACUUCAUUGACCUCCCAUCUUACCCUGACAUGAGCCCAUUCUUUGUCCCUGCAAUUGCAGCCUGGGCGUUGGGCAGUUUCCCCUGCGAAGAGGCCGCCCAGAGGCCAGACUUUGGGUGCCGCAGCAAGAACAGCAUGUGCCUCAACUCCACAAAUGGUGCCGACGGCUAUGUUUGCCGGUGCAGUGAUGGCUACCAUGGCAACCCGUACAUGACAAAUGGAUGCCAAGGUGGGCGAGGUCGUCUAGCAGCUGGAAUAAUUUUCUCUAUAGGAGUCGGCAGUGGCAUAAUUAUUUUGCUUCUAGUUCUUGCUGUCAUCUUUGCCACAAAAAAGGUCAAGGAUCAGAAAGCCAAAAGGAUGAAGGAAUAUUUCUUCAAGCAAAACCGUGGGUUAUUGCUCCAGCAAUUAGUAGACAGAGAUAUAGCUGAAAGGAUGAUUUUCAGCUUAGAAGAGCUUGAGAAAGCAACAAAUAAAUUUGAUGGAGCUCGCAUUCUCGGUGGUGGAGGGCAUGGUACUGUCUACAAAGGCAUUUUAUCAGAUCAACACGUUGUUGCUAUAAAGAAGUCCAAAACCACAAUCAAAAGAGAGAUCGACGAGUUCAUAAAUGAAGUUGCCAUCCUUUCUCAAAUCAAUCAAAGGAAUGUGGUAAAGCUUUUUGGUUGUUGUCUCGAGACAGAAGUUCCACUACUAGUCUAUGAGUUCAUUUCGAAUGGAACUCUCUAUGCCCAUCUUCAUACUGAUGAUCCUCAAUCAUUAUCAUGGAAAGACAGAUUGAGGAUUGCAUCUGAAGUUGCAAGUUCCUUGGCCUAUCUUCACUCGUCUGCUUUGAUAUCGAUAAUCCACAGGGACGUCAAGACAUCUAACAUACUGCUAGAUGAUCGUUUGACAGCGAAAGUGUCUGACUUUGGUGCAUCUAGAGGUAUUGCAAUUGAUCAAUCAGGGGUAACAACUGCCAUCCAAGGAACAUAUGGAUAUCUUGAUCCUGAGUACUACUACGCAGGCCGGCUGACAGAGAAGAGCGAUGUCUACAGCUUUGGUGUCAUGCUUGUAGAACUGCUUACAAGGAAAAAACCAACCGCCUCCAUGCCAUCAGAAGGCGUCAGUUUAGUAGCACACUUCAUGUUUCUGUUGAACAAAGAUAGGCUCAGUGAGAUACUAGAUGCACAGGUCUCCGAGGAGGCUGGGGAUGAAGCCAGUGAAGUAGCGGCAAUGGCUGCAAUGUGCUUGAGGAUGAAGGGGGAGGACAGGCCGACGAUGCGCUAUGUGGAAACGAAGCUCCACGGGCUGCAGAGUGUGGAGAACACCACGCAGGGUGACCCAGAAAUGCAAGAAUAUCGGGUUAAACUACGCCACACGACAUUUCAAAGAAGGAGCGACGAUGCUGCUGAUGCUGAUAAGGAGGGUCAAAGCAACAGUAGGCGAUAUAGCUUAGAGGAGGCGAUGCUGCAGUCAGCCAGCUUGCGACGGUGAUCUUCAGGAAAUUCUUCACCACAUUAUAUGGUCAGCGUUCUCCUUGAUCCUUCUGUAUAUGUAAGAAGAGCAAUACUACGUUUUGCACACCAUGGUAAAAAAUUUCAGGAGGACGUUGAGGACUUGAGGUCACGUGAAAGCUAGUACAGUAACAUUCCAGUGAAGCAAUGUGCAUGAUAACGGCCUCGAGAGUGGAGGUGUGCUUGUUCACUUUUUAUGUAAUUACCAAAACACAAUGCACUACGGCGCAGCUAGAUGCGUCGGUGCAUACGUUAAUAAUUGGAAAUACACGUGUGUACUUGAUGUAGUUCCUAACGAUCAAAA